AUGGAGAAGGUCCAACACAUAACCCGUUCUGCUCUGAGGAGAGCCUCAACUAUUGAGGUCAACCCACAAGCACGCCAAAGGCUCCAAGAGCUCUUUGUGAAUUUCUGUCUGAUUUUAAUUUGCCUCUUGCUGAUUUGUAUCAUUGUGAUGCUCAUCUGAAGUUCCAGCACUUCUCCACACUGUCUAGGAAAGUCAUCCCAGAGGGAAGAGAGACCUACACCUGUAAUUCCCAAUGCAAGGAUCCUCUUGUGAGAGGGGCUAGCACUUGAACUAGAGCUGUAUGCCAGCCAUCGCACUAUUCUCUUACUACCUGCUACAUGUAUUAAAAACACACUU